GGGGCCUUCUCCCGGAAGCAGGCUGAGAGGCGCUCGUGUGGCGCGCCUGGCUCCGCGGCACCAUGGCAACAGCCUUCAGCAGCGACGGGGAGGCUGUGCUGAGGCGGGAGCUGGGCCCGGCGGCGGCACCACCGGCACCGCGGGGUGACCUCGACGGCUUCUACGAGAUGGGCCGGGCCGCCGCCUUCGUACGGGACGGCGGGUUCCGCAAGGUCGCCCUCCAGUUGCCGGACGAGCUCCUGGUGGAUGCGGCGACGGUGGCGGCCCGGAUGGAGGCGGAGACAGGGGCUGAGGUGUAUGUCCUAGGAGACACCACGUACGGCAGCUGCUGCGUGGACGAAGUGGCCGCGGAGCACGCGUGUGCCGAGGCGGUGCUGCACUACGGCCCGGCCUGCCUCAGCCCCUGCAGGAAGCUCCCUGUGCUGCACAUCUUCGGGAAACAGCCCCUGGAUAUCGGGCGUUGCGCAGAGGCCUUUCGGGAGCUCUACGCCGACCGGCAGAGUCGUGUGGUGGUGCUGAGCGAUGUGGUCUAUGCCCAUGCGAUGGGUGAGCUGGAGCAGCAGUUGUGCCCCGAGUAUCCCAAUGUCAUCUUCUCCAGGGUGGUGUAUGGAGACCCUCCUGCUCCUGCACUGCCUGGGGAGGAGCGGCAGUUUGGUCGCCAGUUCCUGGUGGAGGCACCGGGAGGGCUGCAGGACUGUGCCAUGUUCUUUGUGGGCACCGAGGGCCUGACCCUUACCAACUUCAUGCUGACCUGGAAUCGCUGCUCCUUCAGCUCCUUUGACCCCACCACCAACUGUGGCCGCCAGGAGACCCUCAAUGUCAACCGUGCCCUGAUGCGACGGCUCUACCUGGUGGAGCGGGCCCGGGAUGCCCGAGUGGUGGGCAUCCUGGUGGGCACCCUUGGUGUGGCAGGCUACCUGGAUGUGCUGCAGCACCUCCGGGAGCUGCUGCGCCGGGCUGGCAAGCGCAGCUACACACUGGCUGUGGGGAAGCCAAACCCUGCCAAGUUGGCCAACUUCCUGGAGGUGGAUGUCUUUGUCCUGGUGGCCUGUGCUCAGAACUCCUUGCUAGACUCUAGUGACUUCUACCGGCCUGUUGUAACCCCCUAUGAGCUGGAACUGGCCUGUAAUCCAGCUCGUGAAUGGACAGGGAAUUACCUCACUGACUUCCGAGACCUGCUGCCAGGUGCCUAUGGACAUGUUGAGCUCCCACCAGCCAUUCCUGCAGCAGAGGCCGUUCCUGAUCUCUCACUCAUCACGGGGGAGAUGCGUGCCACCCACCUCUGCGAGCCCCCAGCCUCACAGCUGCCCCCCAGCACUGCCCUAGCCUGCAGGGACCAGACAAAUGCUCUUGCAGAGAUCAGCCCUGCUGCCUCCUUCCUGGAGUCCCGCAGCUGGCAGGGCUUGGAGCAACAGCUGGGACAGACACCCGUUUCCAAGGCUGUGCAGGGCCGACGAGGGAUUGCCAUUGCCUACGAGGACGAGGGGCGUGAGCAGUCCUGAUCCGGUAGCAGCGCUGACAGCCAGCCAGGAGCAGGGCCAUGUGGGAGCCCAGGCACGGUCUGCCACCAUGUGUUGGACCGAUGGGGUCUCACAGGAGUCUGGAUCUGCCACCAUCUGGCCCUGUGCUGGAUGCAGCCUUCAGUCAGUAGUACCGUGGUGGGAGAGCAGGAGUUGCCUGUGUUUCUGAGGAUGCCAGCAGCACCCUGGUGCUCACAGCAGGAGGGCCAGGCAAGGUGCUUUGCCCAGACACAGCCUCAAGGGCUCCCCAGUGCAGGGCAGCUUUGGUCCUACAUGGAAAGGUCACUGCUCCGCACGAGCCUGUAGCACCAGGGAGUGAAGCUUUUGUAGGCUACAGCUGCUAACUGAAUCUGAACUGAAAAGGACUUGUGAGUCCUAGAAUAAAACAUGGGCUGAGGAA